CUUGGAGGCCCCGGAGGCGGUGCCGCGCAGGACGGAGCGGAAGUCCCCGGCUGCCCCCUUCCCGGACCGAGCGAAGCGCCGGCGCGGCCGCCUGCCCGCGUCCUCCUCCCUGCGGCCCUCGGGAGACCGCGCUCGGCCGCAGCGGAGCGGCGAGUUGCAGAAUGUCCGAAGGUGACAGUGUUGGCGAUUCUGUCCAUGGGAAGCCUUCUGUGGUGUACAGAUUCUUCACAAGGCUUGGACAGGUCUACCAGUGCUGGCUGGACAGGUCCACGCCCUACACGGCUGUGCGCUGGGCUGCCACGCUGGGCCUGAGCUUUGUCUACCUGAUCCGUGUUUACCUGUUGCAGGGUUGGUACAUCGUGACCUACGCCUUGGGGAUCUACCACCUAAACCUUUUCAUAGCUUUCCUUUCUCCAAAAGUGGACCCUUCCUUAAUGGAAGAUUCAGAUGACGGCCCCUCACUGCCGACCAAGCAGAACGAGGAGUUCCGGCCCUUCAUUCGAAGGCUUCCAGAGUUUAAAUUCUGGCACGCGGCGACCAAGGGUGUCCUUGUGGCCACGGUCUGCACCUUCUUUGAGGCUUUCAAUGUCCCGGUGUUCUGGCCCAUCCUGGUGAUGUACUUCAUCAUGCUCUUCUGCAUCACCAUGAAGCGGCAGAUCAAGCAUAUGAUCAAGUACCGGUACAUCCCGUUCACACAUGGAAAAAGGACAUAUAAAGGGAAGGAGGAUGCAGGCAAGACGUUCGCGAGUUAAGACGCGGCCAGACCCGUCACAUGGAGUCCCAAGACGGUUUUGAGCCAUUGUAACAAUGCCUUCUUUCUUCACAUAAAGUAGUUGAUUACGAGGGAGUCAAAUUUUCUUUUUUAAAAGGAGCUUCAAUUAUUUGUAACUGAAAUAUCAGGUUCUUGAAGAAACUGGCUUUAAACCGAAUCGUGUUUAUUUUUCAGUGACGUUCAAGUGUUCAAAUGGACAGAAUUCUAGUAAAUUGCAGGCUCAGUGGAUAGUCGGGGAGCUUGGGGAGGGGCGGCAGGCAGUUGUCACGAGGCUGCAGAACCAGCCUUGGUGGAAGGACCCGGGUCGCAACAGCGCCACCUUCCGGAGGACGCCAGUGACCACGAUGCCCGACUGGAGGACAGUGCUGGUUCCUGCAUCUGAAGGAGCGUCACGUUUGAAAGGUGACUGUCAACUGACUGGGGUUCUAAUGCCAGUUUCCCAGUCCCAUCUCCCCAGAGAUGUUUAAAGUUGGCCUCUAUCAUAAUGACUCAAAACUUUGCUCUUAACUACCAUGAUUGCUUUUUGAGGGCCUGGAAUUAUAAAUAUAUAUUAUAUUUUAAUUGUU